AUGUCACGGAAUCAGUUAACUCAACAUGCAGCAUUCAAGAAAUCUGUGGUUGGAUCAGAAGAUGAGUCUCACAUACCAGAAUUAAAUAUUUGUAUAAUGACUGUUGGGAGUCAAGGUGAUGUUCAACCGUUUAUCGUUCUGGCUAAAGGAGUGAAAGAGUGCGAUCAUCGCGUUCGUCUAGCCACACAUGAAAACUUCCGUGAUUUAGUAACAAAAAAUGGCUAUCCACUAGGUGGUGAUCCUGAUCGUUUGAUGGCAUAUAUGGUGAAAAAUCGUGGUAUUCCACCAACAUUUUCUAGUAUAAUAUAUACUCACUCGUCGACCACAAAUAAGAGAAAUUAUUCAAUUAACAUGGAAAGCUGGCAUUCGGGACGAAAACGACAAAACCUGUAA